AAUGUGGUGGACUAUAACUGGAAACUUCGGGAACAUUCUACCGAUUGACUGGUCCAAAUCAUGCGCCCGCAAACUGCAUGUGCCAGCCCUUAAUCUUAACGAGUGCAAGGAUUCCCGGCAAGAAGACGCCGAUGGAGACGCCGACUUGGCCGAUCUGAGCUCUGAGGACGAGGCUGUCGCCAACGACCUGGAUAUGCACUCCUUGAUCUUGUCCGGACUCCAUGGUGACGCGGAGCCAGUCAAAACUGCAGACGAGGUGAUCCGUGAAAUCGACGACAUGAUGCAGGAAACGCCGUCGCAUGAACUGUCUCCUGGUUCAGAGGAGUCUCUUCUAGAUGCUGUAGAGCGGAAAGGAAAAGAAGUUUUGUACUCUCCAUUAUAUGAAGAAAAGCUGAAAACAUUAAGUGUGUCUCAAUUGAAUGAGUUGUACCUGGAGCUAGAAGUUCUUAUUCGAGAAUUUUCGGAAACCCUUAUAUCUGAGCUCGCUUUACGAGAUGAGCUGGAAGAAGAGAAAGAACUCAAAAAUUCAUUUAUAUCAUUGCUCUUAGCUGUGCAAAAUAGGCGAAGACAACACCAUGUCGACAAGAAGCGCAACAGCCGAAACAGUGGAGUUGGGCGCUCUCCCAGUUCAGCAGAAUCAAAGUACCUGACAACUGUGAUUCCUUACCACAUGGGAGGUGGUCCUCCAACAGGCCAGGCACUUCAAUUUCUAAUUAAAAUACUGAAAGCAAUAAAUGAAGAUAGCCCCACUGUUCCCGCAUUGCUCACUGAUUACAUUCUCAAGGUUUUAUGUCCUACUUAAAAUAUGGAAGAGCCAGUGACCUACAUCCUUAUAUGGCCUUGGGUAGUUGAAUGUGCUUGAGUGAAAGGCAGACCUGUGUAUAUUCUGUAUUUAUUAAGGAAAAAAUUAUAUAGUAUGCUUUUACUUACAUUGAGUUAAAAGAUCUUAUCUUAUUUCUUUGUAGAAAUGUAAGUGUGUUGCAUUCUCGUUUGGGUUUUUUCUUUGAGUAGAGGAUGAGUGUGGAAAUUGAGUGACUGCUAGAAUUAAAACUCUGAUAACGAUAUGGAUCAAAGCAAAAUAUUUGCCUCUUCAAAAGUUACAAUCACUUGGAUGUAUUGUGAACAAAGAACAUGAUUGAUUUAUUUUUUGUAUCAAUAAUUCAGUCGUAAUAAUUAUUAUUAAAUUAUCGAUUGAAUUUUUUUUUUCAAGAAGUGUUACAAGUGUGGCCAUUUGAGUCAAUUUAAAUUCAAGGAUUUCGUGGGUUGCAUUAUGCAGCAAUCAUGGUACAGUUUUGUGCGAUGUGCACCGGCCGUUGUAUCAAAAUUAGCCUGGCAAAAAUACAUGCAAGAUGACGUCCGGGAAUUGGCAUUCUCUUAAAUACUAGCAAAUGAAUUUUGCAUUGUGUUACAACUCGAUCCUCUUAAUGAAUUAUUAUGGUCUCAUACCUAUUUCCUUCCUAGUUUUCUAUUUUGCCUAGACAUGUUUCCUACAAUUGAUUACCAAACGAUAUUGAAAGAAAGCUAUGUUUUUCGGUAUCCCGUUGAGCAACGAAAGAAAGUUUUCAUAGCUAAUUUUCAAUGCAAGUAUGGAUCAUGUUAUCUUUGAUUCCAAAAUCUUUUCUUCAAUGAGGGUAAAAAAAUUAUCUCAGAUGUCAUGGUCAUAUAUCUGUGUAUUGCCUCUGAUUCUUAUGAUUGAAAACAGAACACUGAAGCCAGGACAUGAAAAAUAUGUAAUAAAAUGCCAGAAAGUUUUAUACAUUAUGUAUAAAGAUGCGUUAAAAUAGUGUAAAUAGCCUUACAGCCAUAAUGUAUGGAACAUGAAAUUGCGCACUAAGAUUUGAAAUAAAAAGGGAUUCAGUGCUCACUGACAUCUCAAGUGUUCAACUGUUGCACGCUUGCAAGUGCUUUCUAUUUCGGAUGCCAGUGUAUGGAACGGAUCUUUUUGGUUUGGUUUUGUGGGACUUUGAAACUAGAAUACAUCGCCCUUUGACUCUCUCUAUCCAAAUAAAUGCAACGCUCACGACUCUUCCACCUUCUGUUCACCCCUAAAAUAUAUAGCGGAGAAGUUUGUUUGGCGACUUAAUGCCUUUUAUGGGUUAGUAACCUUACUUGAGACAAAAUGGAAGCAAAUAGGCACUGAAAGUUUAGGGCAUAUUUUUGCCAUUAAAGUGUUAAAUUUUCAUGCCGUUCCAUGAUCAUUGGAAUCAUUUGCACCUCUUUAAAAUAUAGUAAGGUCCACGUUUGUAUUUCCAAUUAGUAAAAAAGGUAUGAUUUUUAAAAAUGUAUGUUUCAUAAAUGUGAACUCCAGUCUAAAGCCAUUACUAUAGUGAUCAAUUUACCCAAUUUAAAUUUAAUUGCUUAUAUUUAUUUGCUUGGUUAUAUAAGAGUUUAAGUUUGUAUAGAAUUCUAUGAUAUUUAGUAGUGAAACAUUUUAUUUAUUGUUUUAAGUUCACUAAGUAUUAAUAAAUUAUUGUAUGUAUAUACUUGUUUAUUAUCUACUUUACUCAUUAGCAGAAUGUUAAAUCUUGAAAUGGCUUUCAACUAGUCAACAGUGCCAUGUGUUCCCCUCGUGUGUGAGGACUGAAUUUAAGCUGUUCUUUUUUUCCUUUCCAUUCAUACAAACUUUAAUUCUGUUGUGUAUGCUCCCGCAUUUUUUUAAAUUGCUCUAAUGAUAAGUUAUACGUUUCUCUGCUAAAUUUGAGUACAUAAUCUAGCCCACCCAUGUGUAUAAUCUGGAUUUAAAUUUCUUGAAUUAUUAUUGUACCCCAACUUUCUAAGCACAAUCGAUAGAACUUCAGACUUCAUUCUGUUUCCAUUUUCUUUUGACUGUAAGAAAUUUAGUGUGAUAUUUGACUUUUAAGAUUUGAACUGAUUACUUUGUUCUUGUUAGCUUUGUUCUUGCUUGCCGAAGCAACUGUGCCUGUUAAUUUUUCGUUGUUCGCUUGAUAUCUAGUGUAUUUGACUAUUGUUACAAAGAAAAGUGACUACUUGUCUUGAAGCAUUUUGAAGAUGCCUUGUAAAGCGAUGCACAUUCCAAGUACACUGAAAAAACAAAGAUAGGACGUAGUGCCUUCUUUACGGUGCUAAUUUUUAGUGCCUUAAGAGAGACAUUUUAAGUGAGCUCAAAGGGGCGUUAUCAUCGCACCUGUACAGUACUUGCGUGCCUUUACUGGAACGAUAUUUGAUCGUGCCCCUUUCAAAGAUGUUGCAACUAUUACACCGAUAAACUAAGUGUUCAACUGCUCAACACUUGAAAGUGUGCAACUGCAAGGUGAAUACUUGCAAGUGUGCAACUCCGUAGUCGUACACUUGCAAGUGUUAAACUGGGUAAGUGUGCACUUGCAAGUGUGCAACUCCUCAGUUGAACACUUCCUUACAUUGGACGCGUACUGUGUAGGAAGUGCUCAACCGAGGAGUUGCACAUUUGCAAGUGCACACCUACCGAGUUGCACACUUGCAAGCAUUAAACUUGCAGUAGCACACUUGCAAGUAAUUAACUUGCAGUUGCACACUUUGAAGUGUUGAGCUGUUGAACACUUAGUUUAUCAGUGUAACGACUCUUUGAGGGCGCUGCGUCCUUCCUAUUCCAAAAAGAAUGGUGAAAAAUGUCCGUCAGCGACGGCAUUUGUGAGUUUUUUUGCAAGACGCUUUUAGGGGCGUUUUGCUAUAGUAUGUAGCACCCCUCCGUCGCUCACAAAUAUCGUCACUGACGGGCACCCCUUUCUGGAAUUGCUGGUGUUUUCAGAGUGGUCUUUAAAUGCUUUGUGAUCAGGGCGUAUUUAGAGAGGGGAGGAGGGGGGGGGGACUUCCCCUGUCGGCCCUAAACAGACACUUAAAUAAGCAAUUUGAGCUACAUAUCCCCUGUAUGUAGGCAAUUGCUCUCUGCUUCAACCUCUGUCGGCCGGCCCUUGCUACGCCCCUGUGUGUGAUUAUUGAUCAUUGUAUCGGCUUUCCUUCUGACAUUAUUCACGGUGUAGAAAACAACACCGUUAGUUUGUGUUGUUGGAUACUGAAGUAGUUAUUUAUGGGUUUUUUCAGUUUCCUUCAAAGGCACCCUUCUUUUGCAAAGUAUGAUACUUUGAUGAUGCACAAAGUAUUGAAGGAUGGUCAUUCAAAAUUAUUGAAAAUCUUGCAACACCCCCACUCUUUAAAAUUGUGAGCUCUCCCCUUUUGAAUACUGUAACUUUUUUUAUUUCUUCUAGCAAACCAGUUAGUAGAUGUUAUUUUGAAUGUGAAACGCAAACAUCUAAAAUAAAUUUUAAAAAACUUCGAAAUAUGGCA